AUGUAUUAUCCAGCAAUAUGUAUAUCUGUUGCCAUAUCAAUUGUCUUAGUACCUUUUUUGAUUCCCAUCCGACUAAAAAGCCCUGUGUAUCGCAGAAUUAAAGCUUCACUUAUAGUUGGCUUGAUUAUUUCAAUAUUAACAGCAGUAGCUCCAGAAACGGCUCAGAUAGGAGCUCCAUUCCAUAAAUAUGGAAAACCAAAGAUUGCAUUUUUUGGAUGCAAUUACCAAAUAAUGUUAACUACAGCAAGAUUUUGUUCAACAAACGCCACUUUUGAAUGGUGUUAUUGCAACAAUUUUCCAGCUUUUGCUACUCUUGCUCAUUGCUAUCAGGUGGGUCAUCCUGGAGAGCUAGAAUCAUUAAUUUCCAUGUGCAAGCCAUUCAACAAAACCAUAACAAUGUCUACUGUUAACGAUGCCGAGGAGUAUUACAAGAACCAUGCAAAACCAGUGGAGGAAAUACACAAACUUCCCAAUUAUAGCCAAGCCAAUUUUCCAGUGCAGUUGAAUGAGUCCGAAAUAUUUAUCUUCAAACAGUCAUAUGAACAGUUCUUAGGGAAUUAUGACAAAUCGGUGGAUUACGGAUGGUAUCUAGUAUUAUACUGGGUCGUCGUGAUAGCAGUAGUAAGCAUAGGUAACUGGAUCAAAAUAAUUUUUCCUAAUCUCACCAAAGCAUUGACAGAUCCAGUUAGCAAUUGGUAUAGAAAACACAUCAGCACUCCAGCCACGGGCUCCAGAAAUAAAACCAACGAGCUUCAUCUAACAAAAGGUCUUGAGAUGUUAGUGCCAUCAAGGCUUGAAACAAUAAUAUUAACUGGUAUGACAGUUAUAUGUCUCAAAAUGCUUAUUGGAGAUUUUCAAUACGUCGAAGGUAACCCAAUUUUCCAUUCUAAAAUAAAUGCUUUAUUGAGAUUUUACGCUGUGAGAACAGGUUUGCUUGCAAGUGCUCUAAUGCCUUUAUUGAUUCUAUUUGCAGGAAGAAACAAUUUUCUUCAAUGGGUGACCCGAUGGGAUUACUCAACCUUUAUCAUGUUUCACAGGUGGCUUUCAAGAAUCAUUGUGAUUUUAUUCUUAGUACACUCAGUAUGCUACUCUUUGUAUUUGAAACAACACUCAAAAAAGCCUGAGGCGUACAUUUAUUGGGGAUUUACUGCAAUGUUGGCCGGUCUUAUUAUUUUGGUUCAAGGUUUGCUAGUAUUAAGAAGGCGAUGGUACGAAAUGUUUUUGAUAUUGCAUAUUAUUUUGGCUAUAGUUUUCAUUGGUGGUGCUUGGAAGCACGUUGACGCAUUAUAUUGUGUUUGGUUUUACUACACGUCUGCUGCCGUUUGGGCAUUUGAUAGAAUAAUCAGAAUAUGUCGACUUGUUUCGUUUGGAUUUCCCAAAGCCCAAGUUUACUUGCUACCAGAUGAGACAUUAAAAGUUGUUGUACCAAAGCCAGACAAUUGGGAAGCUGUUCCUGGUGGUCAUGCAUUUAUCCACUUUUUGAGAUUUGAUUGCUUUUGGCAAAGUCAUCCAUUUACCUACACUACAUCAGAAAGGGAUAUCACAUUAUUUAUAAAGGUAAAGAAAGGAGUCACGACAUCAUUAUGUCGGUAUUUGAAAUCUAACGAAAACUGUUCUGCCAGUAUUCGAGUUGCAAUUGAAGGGUCUUACGGUGAAUCAACCCCUGCAAAACAUGCUGACAUGGCAGUUUUCAUUGCUGGUGGGAAUGGAAUACCUGGUAUAUUUGCUGAAGCACUUGAUAUCAAUAGACACCAAGAACUGAAACAUACAGUGAGGUUGAUUUGGGUGGUCAGAGAAUAUAAUUCAUUACUUUGGUUUUAUGAAGAAUUGAUGUCAUUAAAAGAUACACAAAUUGAAACCACUAUAUAUAUUACCCGACCAGGUAUAUUGGUAAACGAGGAUGAUUUCAAUAAAAGAUUGCCAAGAAUGGGCCAAAAUAUGGAAAAUGAAUUACAGCCUUUGUUGCAGAAAUCAGUACCUGCUGCUUAUAAUUCAGAACCAGUGAAUUCAGUUGGAGGAAUACACAGCCAAAUUAGGGAAGAGCUAUUUCAUAUAAAAAUCAUUGAAGGUAGACCAAGUAUCGAAAAGGUAAUUGCAACAUGCAUUGAGGAUAGUUCAGGAUCAGCAUGCUUUGUUACGUGCGGGCAUCCUGCAAUGGUAGAUGAUAUAAGAGCUGCAGUAGCUAAUAAUAUUGAUAACAAAGAGGGAAAAAGAGUAGAUUAUUAUGAACAAUUACAGGUUUGGGCAUAG